AUGCCAUACACAACGCGCUCCAAGCAACCAAACAACCCAUCACAGCCAAAGAAAGCUGCAAAAGCCCCUAAGAAGAAGAAGCAAGCCACUCGGACCAAAACUUCUACCAAAUCUCGAACCUCUCGUGGUGAAGAGCAGUCCCAAUCACCACCUCCAACGGAAACUCAAGAAAGGUCACCACAGCCGGAUCCGUCUUCUAAAGAGCCCUCUACCAACGAUGCUGGCGCCAAUAAAAAAAACCCGAAAGUCAAAGGACCCUUUCGAUCCCGAUUUCCUUCAUUGGAGUUAGACACCUUUGAAGAUGAACUGCCAAAUUGGACAAUCGUUGGUCUUCGGGAAGCAAUCGUUCACCAAGAUUCUCGUCGCAGCAAAUCUCCGAAAGAAAUCAAGGAUCUUGUCAAGAUCAUGUGGUUUGAGUUUGAGAAAAGAAUCCUCAUGAUUGCGCUCAUGGCUGGAGUGCCCGAAAUCGUAAUUUGGAAUUUAGUAGGAUUCGGAUUGAAGAAAGUCAAGGCCAAUCCUUGGAUUCGUUUCCUUUCAUUUUGUAUCAAGUGCCUCGGUGAUCAACUUCCGGAUCGGAAUGACAAAGACGCUUGGACGGCUCGUAAUCAGAAAAUGUCGGAUGAAUGGAACAAACUCUCCAAGGACGAACGGAAGGUAUUUCGGGAUCCUUAUUUCUUUGUGUUGGCAAAUCUGCCCGAUUACGCCAAUCAAGACCUUGAAGAACACACGACCGAAAUAUCAGGCAAGGACGAAACUGGUGUCGAUGUACAACAGUUUGAUACAUCUACUCGGGCACCUCGAGUUCACAAGCUUACGGAUGAAGACAAGGAAAAGUAUCAGCCCAUCUUUACUCAAUUGGUCAAUGUCGAAAAGGUUCACAUGUGUCAUGGUAAACCGGAACCAUUACCCUUGGUGGCUACGCUUCAAAAGAAGUCUUUGGUAGCCGUAAAGAAAGCUCAUCAUGACUUUGCCGUUGUUUGCCAACAAAAUCAGAUAGCGUACUAUCUUACAACAGCCAGCUGUGGAGGUAUUGACGGUUGGUCACAGACCUGUUCGAACAACGUCCGAUUUGCAAAAUGGGCGCUUGACAUUGAGAAAAUUCCCUCUAAGUUUUCAACUUAUGUUCACGGAAUUGAAACAGCUAAGGAGAUCGAAUCUACUACUCGACAACCCAGUGAUGAGCGAAGAAGUACCUUGGGAGCACGGCUGAAUGAACUUCUUCGUGUACAUGUUCCAGGUGCUGUAUUUCCGAAAAAUCAAGACCCUGUUGGACAAAUUUUGAAGUCAAAAUGGCCUGUAAAGAUUGUCCAAAAGCCUGGAUCAUUGCUCAAACAAUCUGACCUUGAUGUAGGUCAUCGGAAAUUAACUAGUGCAGUGAUUAAACUUUGGGCACAAGACGUUGAGAACGGCAAUUUUACGCUCGAGGCGAUAAGUGACGACUCCCAACAGCAAUCUCUACUUGGUCAGGAUGAUGAAAACGAACCAAGUGGCUCAGCACUCCCUCAGACUCGCCUCCCUGCAGCAAACCCAAAGAAACGAAAUCGAUCAACUGCCGAACAUACGGACAAUCAACCUAUCGGGCAAGGACGUCGGAAACUCUUGAAAUUGGCGCAAGGUGGUAUGAACAAAGGCUCUCAUAAGAGUAAAAAUACCCGAAAGUCAGAUUCCGAUUCCGAUUCCGAUUCCGAUUCCGAUUCCGAUGAAACAAGUUCAACUGAAAAAGGAAGUUCCACUGCUGAAGAAGAACAGUCUCCAAGUGAAAAAGGAAGCUCGUCAGAUGACGAUGAAAGUUCUUCCGAUUAG